AGGACAGUCAAAGAAGAAACGGAUUUCAACGAGAUUUGUAAAGUAGCGGGUAAGUCUUUGCUUGUCUAGUGAUUCUACAAUAAGAUCUACUUGGUAUGGGUAUGAAAAACGCUCAAAUGCAGAAAGAUUGAACUUAUUUGGAUUCCCUGAUUGCCUGCCACAAAGCUGAUCUGACGAGACGAACUGGAAUACGCUUUCAUCUUUUGUAAUAACCCUGGUAGCCAGAACACUUUUACCCUUAUAUUAUCUACUACGAAACUGUAUGUAGUUGAACUGGCAACUUUAUCGAAAAACUAAGAGGAGAUUGGAAUUAAUCGAGAUGAGAGAAUUCGAUUCUUAGGUAACACUAUUGUUCCAAUUUGUAAUCUCUCUUUGUGUCUGUCGAGUUCCUUCCAAAUGAUUUCGCACACACUAUUUCUUGCCAAACUUGCAGAAGACUCGCAACGUCAAACAUGCAGGGUGAUGGAACGAGUUAAAGGAGAACUGAGAAAAGUUCGUAUAUUUCUUUUUCAUUUCUGAAGACUAGUUUUCCUUUGUAAUGGUCGCUCCCGAGAGAGAUGUCUUUCCUUGUGUAUUGGUUUUAUUCCGGACACAAAAUUGUUUAAUAGAUUAUUUCAGGAAAUCUGAAGCAGCGCGCGUCGUUUUUAAACGACGCUCGCAUGGUUAAUUGUCAAAAAAGUGUUAUAACUGUAAUUUGAUUCUGAAAGGAAGUGUAAGGUGAGUUUUCAUUUGCGAAGCCUUUGUUGUUUCUAAUAAAUUAUACGUUUAACUUGGAUAUUAACUCAUUUCAUUUCAGAGCACAGUUCCACAAAUCAAACAAAGGGUUUAAUGCGACAAUUUAAUGACAGCGAAUAGCGAAAAAGAUUCUAAAUGAUUUUUUCUUGGAUGUGUUUCAAAAUCAUUGUUUUGCCAAAAGCCAUACAACUACACUGGUCAUUGUUUCUACUCUGUUUACACCUUGCUAUAAAUUUUUAUUGAAAUUAAAAUGAGAAAAGAUAAGAAAAAUACUUUGAAUUUGACAAGAACAAUAAUUAUGUAUAACAUUCUAAAGUGUAUCAACAUCACUUGAAGGAAAAGGAUCACACCUUUUAAAAAUGUCAAAUCAGGAAGCUUGCACUAACAAAAUAACUUAAAAUGAUUUAUUGAAACAAUGAAGAGUUAUUGACUUUAAAAAGAACCUAAAGCUAACACUUACAAGCAGAAAUUCACAGAAAUCUCGAUUUGGUGCUCCUAAAAACAAUAAUUAUAGUGAUAAAAGUGACCACCAGUAGCCAAAACAGCUUACGUAAACGCACUUCUCCAAAACAAGCAAUUUUCAAUAAAAUUAGAAGUUUUUUAACGAUCCGGUUUGGAUUAAAAACAAGUAAAUAUUUUUUGAAUCAAGAAUUAUAAUUUCUAAGUUUUAGCUGUAAGAAACGCAUUCAUUUAAUCUCCUGCAGUGACUGUCGCUCAUUUAAUUUUGAAUAUUCGAGGUCAAAAAAUUGUGAAAAUACAUUUUUUUUGCAAACAAGGGAAAGAGGGUCAAACUGCAAUGAAAAAAACAUGAACGUAAGUUACUUGACCGCUUUAUUUUAUUCAUUUCGACUUAAAUGGCCUUUCUCAGUUGCGUUUAGUAGACUGAGGUAACAGGAUCAACUGCUUGCUAAAUCAUCCCCUUAAUUUUAAAAGCUAUUAGCUAACACCGAUUUAGUCGAUAUGAUUUAGUGGAAAUAUUAAAAUUGAAAUGCUCUUAUGAUAAACAAGACUAUUAAUCCAGGCAUUACUCUCACUGAAAUUUCUAUUUUUUUUUUCCAAAAGCAGUUCAAGGUUUUAUAUGAUUGAGGUUUAUGUCCGCUUGUAUAAUUUUUGCAUUGGGGUGAAAACUGUAUGUAAAUGUGUAUUAUUCAAAGCGAAGAUUUUCAGCACAUGUCGACACUCUGAAGAAGUUCAGUCACUAAAUUUGAAUCAGAAAUAGGUUAUUAAGAAAUUCACUGAAUUGAAAAGGCUUUCUCUGUUGCUGUUCACUCGCACCGAGAAGCAAACGGGUUUAUGAUGUGCGCUUGGAUCUGCUAUUAUGUUUGUAACGCCGCUUUUGUUCAAUUUUAUUAACAGAUUGUAAAGAGACAGUUUGAGAGAAGAGAAGAAAAUUAAAAUAUGCCUCAUCUCAAAGUUAACGUGAAUGGUAAACGGUACACGAUUUCUGGUAUAAAUCGAGGUACAUGUAGCAAGCAGAUUUUGUGUGCCCUGGCAAAAGUGGACGCAGAAUUGCAGACAAGCAAAACACUCCAGGAGAAAUACUAUUCCAGUGAUUCCGUAAGUGACGAUCAAAGAGGUAGAGUUAGGCACAGUCACGGGUCGAAAAAAACGUCGAAGAGGGAAGAAAAAUGUACAACUUGCAUGAAACUUGCAAGGACGACAAAGGGUGGAGAGAAAAGAGGGAAUCCGCGAAAAGCGCGCUCAGUUAAAAGAACGAUCGAGCUAGACAAUAAAGGAAUUCAAACUUCUAACGGAAUGCUUGAGACAUUAGGAAAAACAGCUGAAUGUAAAAAGAACUGUUUACCUACACAACACAAGAGAGAUGGUUUAAAAGCUCAAGUCCUUGAAGCAGGAUCACAGACACUCAAGGAGCUCAACAGAAAUGAUGUUGAAGCUAAUACGUUAAUGGAUGAAAAUAAACAGACAAAAUGUGUUGAUGAUCAAUCUAAAGAUACUGACCAUGAUACUGGGAUAAGUGAGCUUCAUUCAGACAGCUCUUUUGAAACAACCCAAGUUUUACACUAUAACGAAAAGGCCAAUGACAAAAUGCCACUAAAUCACGAGAACAGGACUGGAGUUAAAUGUGCGUCUACGAACACAGAUCCAGUGGAGCCAGCGAAUAGUCCGCACUCGAGCAUGCUUGGACGAGAACAACAUUCUUCUGUUGACGAUUUUAUUGUCGCUCAGUUGCUUGGUAGCGAAACUGACGUUGAAAAUGACGAAGAAUGUUCGUGCAAGUGUAUCUAUGUAGAUUCAGACUCCGAGGAGUUGCAAGACGAGAUUGGAAAGAUACGCGAUGAAUUAAAAUUAACAGAAGCAAAGCUAGCCGAUCAGAAUAAAAUGAUCGAGUCGCUGAAUGCCCUGAUAAAGGCCGAUCAGCGCAACUCGAAAGAAGAGUUUAAUGAGGAUAUAUUUAGAGGUGACGUCGAUGAUGAUAACUCAAAACGCAUCGAUGAACUCAAGCAGUCGAUCAAAUUAAGCAUUCAGUUGUAUGAUUAUCAGAAAUUAGAAACACAAGCUAAUGCACUGGAACUUGAACGAGUUGAGUCACAAAUACGGAGGAAACGAUGGCACGUGGAAUCUUUGCUUAAAGAGCUUCGCAGUGUAAAGAAAAACUCACUAACUAAGAGUGGACUAGAGAAACCUUUUUACCAUAGGAACGAGGGGACUUUAGUUUGAAAAAGAAUCCUUUUUAAAGGAAAAAAACUACUACAACAACUAACAUCUAGUGUAGAUUUGGUUGCGGUUUGAAAUUUUCUGGGGGGAAUUCGUACUGAACUGCGUCAUUAAAACUAUGAAUGUAGUUGUAAUUUUUAACCGCUCACUAAAUAACUCGCCUGAUUCCUGUUUUGUUGACCACCGGACAACAGCUUCACCUAAAUAUGCACAAAUUCAUGCAUGCAACUCAUGUUAACUAUACUAGCACGUAAAGUGUAAUGUUUUCUACGAGUUGAGAAUAGAUUCUGUUUGACAUCUCUUACAUAUACCAUGAGAAUUAUAUAAACCAAUUAUAUCAUAAUUUGAAUUUAAAAGAUAUGGGUAUAGUUAGUCAUGUCCAUGUAGAAGGUACCUGCAACCUAGAUGGUAUCCGGGGAGGGCAAGUCGAACAGCAGGAGGGGCAAUUUUAAUUCGCAUGUUGACCGAACAUCGUUGAAUAACCUACACUGGUAUUCACAAGAAUUUGGGACCACCUCGGGGGUUUAUUUGUUAACACUGUAGUGUGUGGGCCUUGGCAUCUUAGUACUCCAUGUCAUUGAAUAAAUAUUUUUUUCCUUCUAGGGUCGAUUAUUAAUAAAUUCACUGGACUAUGAUUUAGUGCUUGAAGG